GGCCGGGUGGGAGGAACGCCUCGUUAAGCUCUGCUUGGUGGGGGGUUCUCUGCUUGCUGUGGGUUAAAGAUGGGUUUUUAAAUUCCCUUCGGCGGGUCAAGUUCCCUUCGGUGCCUAAUUUCCCUUCGGGAAAACAAUCGGGCUGUGGCCGGAGCAGCAGAGCUCUGCCUGCAGCUCUGCCCGUCCGAGGCUGUGGGCAGGCGGGACCGGCCGCUUCUCCCGGGGAACCGGCGGCAGGAGGAGAGGACACAGCCCGAGGGUGCAUCUGGGGAGGGACAGUUCUGUAGUACCCGAAGAUGGAAUUUCGCAUUGAACACACCUGGGAUGGUUUGCCUGUGAGCCACGAGCCGGUUUCAAUUGGGCUGAGGCCGGGUAAUGCAGGAUUGCUGAUGGAAGUUCGUGCUCCUUUCUUUAAUGACCCUCCAGCACCUCCCGGGGAGCCAGGGAAACCUUUUGGUGGACUCUGGGACUAUGAGGUUGUAGAAGCCUUCUUUCUGAGUGACAGAACUGAGCAGUAUUUGGAAGUUGAGCUUUGUCCCCACGGGCAGUACUUACUGCUGCUGCUUUCUGGCAGAAGAAAAGCAUGGAAAGAAGAACUUCCUUUGGAGUUUGAGGUGACCAGAAUGAAAACCAAAUGGGAGGGUAAAGCUCUUCUCCCUUGGAGUUAUUUUCCACCAUGCACUGACAAGUUCAAUGCAUUUGCAAUUCAUGGCUCGGGAGAAGAGAGAAAAUAUGAAGCACUUUAUCCUGUGCCUCCACACCAAGUGCAGGAAGGACAGGAACCAGAUUUUCAUCGUUUGGAGUUUUUCAAAAACUUGAACCUGAAAGCACUAACAGGAGAAGACUGGAAGCAGCCUGAAUCAGAUAUAUGGGAAUCUCUCACUAAAUGAAUGGAUUGGGGCAUAAAUUUUUGUGAUGUUGAAGUUGGCUGAAGCUGUGUGGGAACAACUUCCUCAUUCUGAGCAGAGGUUGUAGGUACCAGAUUAGCAAGGCUUUCCUUGGCACCAAAAUCAUGGAUCAGUCUGAAAAUCAACUGCAAAGCUUGUGGAUCUGUUGGUUCUGAAUGUAUGAAUGGCUUGGAGUUUUUCAUCUGUGCAAGAGGUGAAUGUGCUGCUGCCAGUGCAGGAAGAGAAAUGUGCUGAAAUGGCAGCUGUGCUUUUGUGAGAGCUCUGAAGUCUGAUAAGGCCAAUACCAGGGUUGAGUUUUUUUGGUUUGCUGCAUUUCUGUUGUAUUUUAACUGCUGCUUGUUUGUUUGUUGAUUGCUGAAGGUGAUCCUUAUGUGCCUAGACUUUUUGCUUACAAUCAGGAGGAAGAAAAAAUGGAUUUUGGAGGCUCAGUACUUGCCCUGCAAGGGGGAUAACACUGCCCUUUCCUGUAUGUUCCUGUGCCUGAAGUUUUCCCUUGGUUAAUGUUCAAAGGGGAAUUAUUAUCUCACAGACCUCUCUGUGGAGUUUCUAAUGGUGUUUGAGUGCAGAGGAUAGAUUUACAAAAGGCUUUAUGUAUUUCAGGUGAAGUUUUUGGGACAAAUCAUGCUCAGUAAAAUCUUGUGGUAUAGUUGUGUGCAUGCAAAAGCAGGUUUUUUUUUUCUAAGACUUGUUACAUCACUUCAAGAAUUCAUCUUGGAUGUCUGAAGAUAUUUUUUUUGGCAUACCACUGAGGGCUGGAGAUACUGCAGGUGUAUAUUUCUGUGUAUGGGCAUGAGUCAUUUUAACAACAGUGAAUAUUCCUAGGUGGCAACAGCUAAUCUGUAAACCCUCACAAGAUUUACCAAUCUUAUGUUCCUUUUCUUUGUCUAGCAUAGCAAUUGCUGCUUGAUUGUGGCUGCUGAUUUAAUCUUCUAUAAAUAAACUUUAAAAAUGUGAAGCUUGCCCACGACUUAGAUCCUUGCCAGGAUGCAGUAAUAAACACCUUUUGAUGGUCCUAUUUUCUUUGCUGUCUUUCAGCUGAACUCUAGCUGUAAGUUCUGCUUGAGAAGAAGUUGGGAAUAUCUCACUUUUGUGAAGAACAUCUCAGUGUGGUUAAUAUCUGGGAUAAACUGAACUAGCAUGCUUUGUUUAGCUUUAGAUUCUGUCUUUGUGCUUUCAGUUUUAUAGACCUGUGCUUUCAGAUUUGAAGAUAUGAAUAGGUUUUUUUUUCCUGUGGCAGACUUUGGCAUGUCAGUGCACUCAGCCAUCCAAUUUGCUCUGUUUCAAUUAGGCACUAUAGGUUCCUUGCUGUAAAGUGCCAUCUGUUGAAAAUUGUAAGUAUUGUACAAUCAGUUGUUUGGCUUCUUUUCUACCUUCUUUCCAGGUACAGUUUUCUAAAGAAUGACAUCAGUCUGAAAUAUUCAGUAAUUCAAUAGAUAUUGAUUAAAGCAUUAUCUAGACAUUGAUGCCUCAAAGCUGCUUAAAAAAUUUUAGUCAAAACCAAAAUGCCAUUUUGCAAAACUUUUAGACUUUAUUUUGAAAAAUUUGUGAAAAAACUGUGUGCGAAGAUUCAAAUUGGGUGUACUGCUUUUCUCACAGAGGUUGUUUUCAUCUGAGGAAUGAUACUUUGUAUGUAAAGGACAGUAAAUAAAAUUUUUCAUUUA